AUGGCAGGUGUUUCCGUUAGAGACGUUGCAGCUCAAGAUUUCAUCAAUGCUUAUGCUUCUUUCUUGCAAAGACAAGGGAAAUUAGAAGUUCCAGGUUACGUUGACAUUGUCAAGACCUCUUCUGGUAACGAAAUGCCACCACAAGAUUCUGAAGGUUGGUUCUACAAAAGAGCUGCUUCAGUUGCCAGACACAUUUACUUGAGAAAGCAAGUCGGUGUCGGUAAGUUGAACAAGUUAUACGGUGGUGCCAAGAGCAGAGGUGUCAGACCAUACAAGCACAUCGAUGCUUCUGGUUCCGUUAACAGAAGAGUUUUACAAGCUUUGGAAAAGAUUGGUGUCGUUGAAAUUUCUCCAAAGGGUGGUAGAAGAAUCUCUGAAAAUGGUCAAAGAGAUUUGGAUCGUAUUGCCGCUCAAACUUUAGAAGAAGAAGAAUAA